AUGUCCCAGCCACACAGUAACUGUGAGGGAGAGGAUCUUUUCGGAGACGAGACCGGGCUGGAGAUACCAGUCAUGAUAGCAGAGACCAUCUCUCUUGGAAUUCUGACUCUCCCCAAAGUGCUAGCUAUACUGGGUCUUUUCCCGUACGUGGAAAUUGCCGUUAUCAUUGGCGUCGGGGUACUGACGACUUACACAGGACUAGUCAUUGGGGAGUUCAAGCGUCGCUAUGCUCAGACACAUAGCAUGGCUGAUGCCGGAAGCAUACUCCAUAUACUGACAUUCUCUAUCAUGGUGAGCGUUCUCACCGGCUACUCGGGCUGUACAGUUCUAUUUUCCGUGGCUGGAGGAUUGCUUUCGAUCGUCUUCACCAUUCCACGACGUCUCGAAAGCCUGUCAUUUCUAUCGUCAAUCAGCUUUGCUAGUGUCCUCGGAGCAGUUUUGGUUAGCAUGGUUCCCUAUCCAGAAUCAUUACCGCCUACUUUUCACGACAUAAUGGUUGCAAUUGCAAACGUUGUGUUUGCGUAUGCUGGACAUCUCCGGGAUGUGAAGGACCACCCCAAGGGCACUAGCGUGACGCUCUACAUAGUGACGGCUAUCGUAUUAUAUGUAUUGGUUGAAAAGGAUAUUGCUUCCCCGUCCCUCAAUUCAGUCAGUCCACUUUCCAAGAAGAUAGCAUAUGGUAUCGCAAUCCCAACGAUCGUGAUAGCAGGUGUCGUCAACGCCCAUGUCGCGGUAAAAUCGAUAUACUUGCGGAUGUUUCACGGCAGGAAUGCCAUGCACUCACGUUCCUUCGGUGCAAUAUCCCUAUGGGUCGCUGUAUGCGCGACGCUAUGGUUUUUGGCCUGGGUAGUAGCGGAAAGCAUACCGGUUUUCAACGAUAUCUUGGGGCUUACGAGCUCGUUGAUUGCCAGCUGGUUUACGUUCAGUCUUCCAGGCGUGCCUUCCAGCUGGAAACAGACAAUGCUGAUAGGCUUUAAUUGCAUCAUGUCAUCAUCGGGCUAG